CUCCUACGCCACUGAGGGUUCUCUUCUUUGCGAGGUUUUCCCCAAACCUCGCAGAGUCAAGAAACCCUCACCACCCUCUACGCGCGUACCUAUCCAUCAUCAAUGAAGCUCCACUCUCCACUAGCAGCAAAGCGCCUUCGGAGCUACCUCCGUGUAGCCCUCUUCAUGAUAAGAAAAGGCCUCAUCUCCAAGAGAAAACUAAUCAUAGACAUAAACCUUUUGAUGAAGCGGGGAAAGCUCAUCGGAAAAGCUCUCGGCAACCACGUCUUCAAUAUUCACCACCACGCCCGGCCGCGUGGCUAUGGCUACGGUCUACAGGAAUAUGAAUUCUCUUGCAGCGACAGCCCAAAUCCUGUUUUUUUCCAUGCCAAGCGCGGUGCACACCGCAACUAUUUCCCCUGCAUUAGUGCCAUGGCCGAAGAGGACGAUGAAAGGCCUCCCAUAGUUCCUUCUUCCGCGGCCGCCGCCGCCUUGCCUAGGCUUGAUUACUCGCCAAAUAGCUCGGUCGGUUCCUCGGAGGAGGAAGAGGAAGAGAGCAGACGAGUGUCAUUCGAAAACAAUGAGGUGGAUGACGAGGCUGAAGAGUUUAUCAGGAGGUUUUAUGAACAGCUACGGAGACAAAGCCGCUUUGCCUUGCUGCAAUAUGAGAUAGAUUAUCGUGAGAUGUUGGCUCGCGGCUGCUGAUCAUUAAUUAUGGGAUUUAAUUACAUGCAUAUAUAUAAUUUACCUCUAAAUUUUAAUAUAUUUUUAUAUAAUAUUUGAAUAACUUAGAUAAAUUCUAUCUCUAAAAGUCUAUUUUUUUUAAAGAAAUUAUAUAUGUAUAGCAAAUAUGCAUGUGUGCUAAGACUAGCCUUCCUGUGUUUUAAAUGGGGAGAUUAGUAGCAGAUAUAUUUGAAAGCAUAUAUGUUUUAUAUGUUUCAUGAUUGUAUUUGUGGUGAAGUGUGCCAGCUUAUUUCUUCUUGGCUUAGCUGGUUUGGUGGGCGAGCGUGAUGGGGAACCCUCCAACUCACGUUCGAUUCCGCUCUCAAGCGGGCGACUCCUUAAGGGGA